UUAAAAGUUGAAGAGCCACUCUCCCUCUCCGCCCCCUCUGCCCAGAGUCAACAGCCCGCUAGAAAGAGGACCUUGUUGUGGGCUGGACCGGUUCAUUGACCAGCAAUAUACCGCAGGUCACAGCAGGACACAGGGGAAACAGACAUCAAGUGAGAGAUUGAAUCCAGCAGUCACAAUGGCAGACAGCGGGAAAACUAAUGAGACUGGAGCUGCAGCAGCAGAACCGGCUAAUGGAGACCAGCAGAAUGUUGUUUCCCGAGUGAGCAAUUUACCUCUGGUCAGUUCAGCUUGCGAGGUGGUGUCCAGCGCCUACAGUAGCACCAAAGACAACGUGCCCUUGCUGAAGGGAGUGAUGGAUGCAGCAGAGAGCGGGGUCCGAACCCUGGGAGCAGCUGCCACCACGGGGUCCAAGCCUCUUUUGGACAUUAUAGAACCACAGCUUGCAACAGUAAAUGAGUACGCCUUGAAAGGACUGGAUAAGAUGGAGGAGAAGCUGCCUAUUCUUCACAAACCAGCAGACAAGGUGGUGUCGGACACAGUGGGUAUGGUGGCAGGGGCAAAAGAUGCUGUAGUGGGGGCUGUCAUGGGUGGUGUCGAGCUGACCUGGGCAGCAGUCAGCGGAGGUAUCCUCACCGCCAUGGGCACCAGGAUGGGCCAGAUGGUCAGCAGUGGGAUGGGCCUGGCACUGAGCCGAUCUGAGGACUGGGUUGACCAGAACCUACCACUCACAGAGAGGGAGCUGGCUGCAGUGGCUGAACCUGCUACCGGUGAGGUGACUACCCUCUCGGCUAGCCCCAGCUACUUUGUCCGCUUGGGGAAACUCUCUGCCAAAGUACAGGAGCGAGCCCUACAGCAAUCCCUGGUCCGUGCACGGCAUGCCAGGGAUAGCACCUAUACUGCAGUGGCUCAGAUUACCAGCACUCUGGACCUGCUAGAGAGUGCCCGUACUAGUCUGGGUACUGCCAGUAACCAGAUAGGAGGAGCCUCCGAACAGCUGCUGCAGCGCUGGAGAGAGUGGAAGCAGAAGCAGGCUGGAGCUGGACAGACAGAGUCAGAGCCAGAUGGGACCAAAGAUGAGGCUGAGCAGCUGGAAGGGCGAGUCCUCUCCAUGGUGCAUGGUCUGAGCGACCAGCUGAAGUCAGCGUGCUCCAAUGUGGUGACAAGUGCUCAGGGUCUGCCAGGUGCAGUCCAGGACCAGCUAACCAGUGCAAGGCGAUCAGCUGAAGAACUGCACUCCUCUCUGGGGAACACCAGCACCAUCACACCCCUCCUUCUGGAGCGGAGCCGUCACCACCUGACCCAAGUUCAGCAGUCUCUGGAUGGUGUCAUGGAGUAUCUACUAAACAACACACCACUCAACUGGCUGGUGGGACCUUUUGCCCCCCAGAUCACUGAGAAGGCAGAGGGAGAUGUGCCAAUGGAGCAGAGUGAACCACACAACUAGGCUUUGUUGUGUUUCUCCAUGAGCCAAUCAAUGCUGCGACAGAAGUUUGGUGUUUACUGUAGAUGGACCAUAUAUAACAAAAUGCUUGCUUUAAUGAAAGCUGCCUUAAAUUCAUGUAAUGGUGCUUUCUUCAUGAUGCACUAAAUCUGAUUAUUUGAUGACACUAAAGUUGUGAUGUAGUAGUUCAAUUGACUAAAAGCUCUGACCUGUGGUCUUAGAGAAUGUAAAAAAAAAAAAACGUGUGCACUUUAUCAUUUCAUAUUAUCAUUUAUCUCGGAAGAGAAAGAAGUAUUUUACAUCGUUGAAGAUUCUUACCUGUGCUGGUGUUUAAAAGACUUGCUAAUGCCUAAAUGAAUUCAAAGCAUUCCCAGAACUAAGCCAAACUGAUGUUGCCUGUCAACACCAAGAUCAUUUUAAGGCAAAAAAUGCAUCUUUAAAGAGAUUUAGAGUUCAUAAUGCUUCCAUUUGUUUUUAGAUUUGCUAUUUUAAUCUCAGUAUUUCGUGUGUGAACCUUGAUGGGUUCAUGGAAGCAGCUAGUGAACUAACAAUGAGCUGGCAUGUCAAUAAGAUGUUGACGGAACACAAUGUGUGUGUCACCCUUGAAUACAUUCAUAAAAGUGUCCUUUCUGA